AUGUCCAAAGCCAAGCGGAUAGCCAUCAUCGGUGCUGGCCCAGCCGGGGCCAUCUCCAUAGAUGCCUUAGCCCAGGAGCAGGCCUUCGAUAUUAUUCGAGUCUUUGAGAGAAGGGAGCGACCCGGCGGCUGCUGGAUGUUCGACCAGACGCCGCCGCCACCGCUCUCCGACUUCGAGAACCUCGCCAAGCGCACUGCAGAUGCUCCCUUGGCUAUACCGAGGGCCUUACCAGCGCAAGUCAGGCCGCAGAAAGUUUCCAGAUACGAUGACACGCCUGUAUAUCCGCUCCUCGAAACCAAUAUUGAUGCUGCCGUCAUGGAGUUUUCUCAGGAGCCGAUUCCUGCGAGGCGGUCUGACUACUCUAUAUCCCUCCACGGGAACGAUACACCUUUCCGCUCACAUCAGGUGAUCCGGCAGUAUGUUGAGGAUCUAGUCAAUAGAAAUGGCUACCAAGACUUCGUAGAGUACAACACUACGGUAGAGCUUGUCGAGAAAGAGGGGGAGGAAUGGAGGCUUGUGCUCCGAAAGGGUGGGGAGAAACUCGACUACUGGUGGGAGGAGCGAUUCGACGCUGUUGUUGUAGCAAAUGGGCACUUCUCUGUACCAUACCUGCCCUUAAUCCGUGGUCUGAAGGAAUUCGCGGAGCUCCGCCCCGGAUCUGUAGACAACAGCAAAGCCUAUAGAGGACGAGAGAAGUACAGAGGCAAGAGAGUAAUUGUAGUCGGUGCUUCUGUAUCAGGCGACGCCGCGGUGGACGUCCUCGGAAUCGCGCAAUCGCCUGUCUUCGCAGCCGUCAAGGGCCACAAUCCAAACCUGUAUUUCGGCGACGCUGCUUUCGAUCAUCCUGGAAUCACCAAGGUGCCUUCCAUUUCGAGGAUAGACCCACGCACCAGGUCAGUAUUCUUCGAGGAUGGGACACUUGUCGAGAAUGUUGACAACAUUAUCCUGGCAACUGGGUACUCAUGGUCAUUACCGUUCCUCCCCGGCAUUCCCAUUCGCAACAACCGCGUUCCGGACUUAUAUCUACACAUUUUUCACCAGUCAGACCCAACAUUGGUCUUCAUCGGUGCGGUUGCAGCUGGUCUGACCUUCAAGGUCUAUGAGUGGCAGUCAGUGCCCGCCGCAAGAGUCCUGGCCGGACGUGCAAAGCUACCCCCAAUCGGAGAGCAAAAGGCAUGGGAGGCUGAACGGAUACAGAAAAAGGGUGACGGCGUUGCUUUCACUGCGCUGUGGCCGACUUUCGAGGAGUAUUUUGAGACCGUGCGUGCUCUCGCCGGGGAGCCGGGCCAAGGCAUACCCGGCCGGAGACUGCCACGAUUCGACCCAGACUGGGUUCGGAUUUUUAUUGAGGGGCAUCAGCGCAGGAUUGAAAUGUGGGAGAAAGCAAACUCGGAGGCACGGCAGAGGAGGGAGAAAGCUGCUACCAAAUUGGCAAGACUUUAG